CCUCCGCCCCCUGCUCUCAGCAACCUGGAUAAUCUGCAGCCCCCCCAAUGCUUCUCAUUUGUGCAACUGAACUCCUUAUGACCAUGGACGUCCUCUCCGGCCUGACCUUGUUCCUUAUCUUCCUGCUCACCCUCCUCUUCCUCUCUGCUUUGUGGAAACAACAGAAAAGAUCCUCCGUCCUACCCCCAGGACCAACCCCAAUUCCACUGCUGGGCACCCCCCGUUAUGUAACGUUUAAUAUUAUCUGCAAGCACUUCCCUAAGCUUCAAGAGAAAUAUGGCAAUGUGUUUACCAUCUGGCAACUGGGGGACCCCAUUGUGAUUCUCUGUGGGUACAAAAUGGUAAAAGAGGCUCUGAUCAACCAUGCGGAGGAGUUCAGCCAACGCCCCACUCUCCCAUUGGGCGAUGAGCUCACAAAGGGAUACAAUUUUCAGAGUUUCACCACUCACUGGCGCCAUUUCCGCCGAUUUAUCCUGACAACGCUGAGGAACAUCGGGGUGGGGAAGGUGCCCGUAGAGGAAAGAAGCUUCAUGGAGGCCCAGCAGCUUAUUGAGGCGAUGUCCCAAAUGGAAGGAAAGCCUUUCAACCCCAUCGGCCUCCUGGGAUGCGCAGUGUUCAACAUGAUGAGCUUCGUUCUAUUUGGGAAACGUUUUGACUACAAGGACAAGAAACUUCACGAUUUGAUUUCAAACACAAGGAACCAUAUAAAUAACGUGCUCUCCAGAACCUCUCAGAUCAUCCGUGUGUUUCCAAUAAUCCUGAAGUUUCCGUUCUUGUGGAAGAUGCACUGCAAAGACACCUUGUGCCUCCAGUCAUUUGUUAAGGAGCAGAUCCAGUCCCACAAGGAGAAUCUGAACAAGCCCAGGGAUUUUAUUGACUUCUUUCUCCAGAAGAUAAAAGAGGAAGAGGGAAAUGAGGACUCCAUUUUCUGUGACACCAGCCUGCACAUGUUCAUCACCAACCUAUUGGGUGCAGGCACUGACGGCAUCACUUCCACCCUGAAGUACUGCCUGGCAAGGAUUGCCCAGUUCCCAGAAAUCCAGGCCAAGGUGCAGCAAGAGAUCGAUGAUGUGACGGGGUCCCAGCGCCCCCCAGGGCUCAGCGACCGGCCCCACUUGCCUUACACCAACGCUGUGAUUCAUGAGCUGCAGAGGCACCUGGAUCUGGCGGCUACGGGGUUCUAUCAUGCGCUCAGUAAAGACACCGAGUUCCAAGGAUUUACCCUCCAUAAGGGCACCCGGGUCAUCCCGUACCUCUCCUCGGUGCUGUUCGACCCAACCCAGUGGGAGACCCCAGAUGAGUUCAACCCGGGGCAUUUUCUGGAUGAGAAGGGGCAGUUCCGGGCAAAGCCGGCUUUCAUGGUAUUUUCUGCAGGGAAGCGCGAGUGCCUGGGGGUGAGUUUGGCCCGGAUGGAGAUUUUCCUCUUCUUCUCCGCUCUCCUCCAGAAAUUCACCUUCUGCCCAACGACUGGGCAACGACUGAGCCCGAGACCCCCGAUACCCACCAAGUUCCACUUUAUAUUAACCUCUCAGAUCAAAGCUGUCCUGCGUUCCUCUAAGGCUGCCUGACCAGGCGGUGAGUCAGUAGCCAUGCCCCAGCUUUAGUAGCCAUCGGGUAAAUCAAUAGCCAUGUCCCAGCUUUAGUAGCCAUCGGGUAAAUCAGUAGCCAUGCCCCAGCUUUAGUAGCCAUAGGGUAAAUCAAUAGCCAUGCCCCAGCUUUAGUAGCCAUCGGGUAAAUCAGUAGCCAUGUCCCAGCUUUAGUAGCCAUAGGGUAAAUCAAUAGCCAUGCCCCAGCUUUAGUAGCCAUCGGGUAAAUCAGUAGCCAUGUCCCAGCUUUAGUAGCCAUAGGGUAAAUCAGUAGCCAUGUCCCAGGUUUAGUAGCCAUCGGGUAAAUCAGUAGCUGUGCCCCAGCUUUAGUAGCCAUCAGGUAAAUCAGUAGCCAUGUCCCAGCUUUAGUAGCCAUCGGGUAAAUCAGUAGCCAUGUCCCAGGUUUAGUAGCCAUCGGGUACAUCAGUAGCCAUGCCCCAGCUUUAGUAGCCAUCGGGUAAAUCAGUAGCCAUGUCCCAGCUUUAGUAGCCAUCAGGUAAAUCAGUAGCCAUGUCCCAGCUUUAGUAGCCAUCAGGUAAAUCAGUAGCCAUGUCCCAGCUUUAGUAGCCAUCAGGUAAAUCAGUAGCCAUGUCCCAGCUUUAGUAGCCAUCAGGUAAAUCAAUAGCCGUGCCCCAGCUUUAGUAGCCAUCAGGUAAAUCAGUAGCCAUGUCCCAGCUUUAGUAGCCAUCAGGUAAAUCAGUAGCCAUGUCCCAGCUUUAGUAGCCAUCAGGUAAAUCAGUAGCCAUGUCCCAGCUUUAGUAGCCAUCAGGUAAAUCAGUAGCCAUGUCCCAGCUUUAGUAGCCAUCAGGUAAAUCAAUAGCCGUGCCCCAGCUUUAGUAGCCAUCAGGUAAAUCAGUAGCCAUGUCCCAGCUUUAGUAGCCAUCAGGUAAAUCAGUAGCCAUGUCCCAGCUUUAGUAGCCAUCAGGUAAAUCAGUAGCCACGUGCCAGCUAGAUGCUGUGUGCCAAGGGUGUGUUGCUAUGGGGAAUUCAGACCAGGCAAUGUUUUUGAAUUAUUUGUUUUGUCUCCUUUUUUAUCUUUUUAUGAAACAGUCAAACAAUAUCUUCCAAAAAAUAAAAGAAUAAAACAUUUAAGAAAUGAAA